AUGCCCAUCCCCUUCAACCAAGCACUAUCAUGGGCUCCCCCAGAAGAAAGGGGCCGAGCGGAUAGAGACAGGGGAUCUUCCUUAGAUGGGGCACCCAUACGGGAUGCACGAAAGGGAAAAGCGUCAAGAGAAGACAACUCACCCGAGCGAGUCAAUCAACAAUUUUCGGAGGGGAUCAUAAAUGACCCUCUGCCAAAGCAUUACACCUCGCUGACGAUCGAGGAGUACUAUGGAGCAACCGAUCCCGAUGACCAUUUGGCUAAGUUUGACAACGUGCCCACCCUUCACCAGAACACGGACGGGGUGAAAUUCCAAGUCUUUCUUACCACUCUAUCUGGGUCAGCGCAACGAUGGUUCAAACGAUUGCCGAACAGCUCGAUCCACAGCUUCAAGGACUUUCGAGCGACAUUUCUGCAUCACUUUGCUAGCAGUUGCCGCCACCAAAAGACGAGCGUGAAUUUGUUCUCGCUGAAGCAAGGGCCCCGAGAGGCCCUGAGGGCUUAUAUCCAGCGCUUCAAUCAAGUGGCGAUGGACAUUCCAACAGUCUCCUCAGAUGUGUUGGUGAACGCCUUUACCCAAGGGCUCACCGAGAGAGAGUUCUUCCGAUCGCUCAUUCGGCGACCAUCGAAGGACUUUGGUCAUCUCCAAAAGAAGGCCAAUGAAUACAUUAAUGUGGAAAAAGCCCGGGUAGCAAUGAAGAAGGAGAUGACCAUCGAGCCCACAGGAGCAUCCGAGUGGAAUCAACCGAGCAGUCAUCAACCACCUAAAGGGCCUCAGUCGGGAGCCACUCCAUACCAGCAGACUCGGCCACAUGUCGUACAGCUAGUGGCGGUUGCUCAUCCAAGAAGCAAGAGGUGGCCACCGAUGUUUUGCACCUUCCACCAGUCGAUGACAAACAACAACAGGGAUUGCUACGACCUGACAACUAGCAGGUCAGUUCCACACAGAUAUCGCUGA